CUGUUUCAAGGGUCGUUGGCUCAAUCAAAGGUAUAUUUUCAGCUUCUGCAGCUUCUGCGUAUUAUCCCCCUAUGGAUAAGAGAGACGAGAGAAGACCUGCACAAACUGAAAACCAGCACCGACGCGAGUUCAGACCUCAAUGCGUACAUGUCCCGGGCCCGGGGUAUCGCCACGUCAAAGCUCGAUGAGUCUAAGAAUAUCGCGAGUUGGAACUGGCACCAUAUAGAAGAUUACUUCGCCGUGCUGGAAAAGGAGCUCUUGGAGCGCAUCGAGACAAAGACAAACGAAAUCAGGGGCUUGCGAGAUGGUGUAGACGGCAAUGCUGAUUCCAAACAGAUUAUAAAUACCAACGCCCUCUUAGAGGCGUCCAAGUCCACCUCGAUGAAUCGUUACAUCAUCAUCUUCACUGUUCUCACGAUAUUCUACUUGCCACUCGGCUUUGUCACGGCGGUCUUCAGCAUGGACCUUCUCCACGAGGAAGAGCUGACAGGCAUGAAGAGUCAGUAUGCAGCAACAAUCGUCGCCGUGUCUGUGGUGACAUACGCUGUGGCCAUCGGCCUGGUCAUGUUUGUGGAUCGCCAGAAAAUCAAA